UCCUUUGCAUAAACUCAGGCAGGAUUCCUAUUGGCUGGAUCCGCCGAGGGUGACGUCAGGGGAAGUACUAAGACUAGGGUUGGGCCUGGAAUCGGAGCCAUUACUGCAGGAAAAGGUCCCCAGACCUGAGCAGUCAAGAUGUGUGACUUCACCGAGGACCAGACGGCAGAGUUUAAGGAGGCCUUCCAGCUGUUUGACAGAACAGGUGAUGGCAAGAUCCUGUACAGUCAGUGUGGGGACGUGAUGAGGGCCCUAGGCCAGAACCCCACCAACGCCGAGGUGCUCAAGGUCCUGGGAAAUCCCAAGAGUGAUGAGAUGAAUGUGAAGGUGCUGGAUUUUGAGCAUUUCCUGCCCAUGCUGCAGACUGUGGCCAAGAACAAGGACCAGGGCACCUAUGAGGAUUAUGUUGAAGGACUUCGGGUGUUUGACAAGGAAGGGAACGGCACUGUCAUGGGUGCUGAAAUCCGACAUGUCCUUGUCACACUGGGUGAGAAGAUGACAGAGGAAGAAGUAGAGAUGCUGGUGGCUGGGCAUGAGGACAGCAAUGGUUGUAUCAACUACGAAGAGCUUGUCCGGAUGGUGCUGAAUGGCUGAGGGCAGCCUUUCCUGUGUCCCCAGAGUCCUGUGCCUUUCCUGUGUGAGACUGUUAUCUAGCCCUGAAGGCCUCCUUGGCUGUCACAGCACCUUUCCCAGAUUCUCUCGCUUGGAUAAUGCUUGCAAGCAGCAUUCACCAAAUAAACUUGCUGUUUGUGC